AUGAAAACCUCAUCAUCUGCUUCGUUAAACACUCUUGCAAAUGAAUCUUCAUAUAACCCAUUCAAUCCCAAUAUAGAACAAGCUUGUGAUUCAUGUCGCAAGAGAAAAUUGAAGUGUUCUAAAGAAUUCCCCAAAUGUACCAAAUGUAUUCAACAUGGUUGGUGUUGUUCAUAUUCUCCUAGAACGGUACGAUCCCCACUUACUAGAGCUCAUUUGACUCAAGUUGAAAACAAGGUGAAAACAUUGGAAAAUCUUAUUCAUUUCUUAUUACCAGAAAAUGUCUUUCAAGAAUAUGAUAUGGAUGAUCUUUUAGCAUCUUCAAGAUUUAAAAAGACUUUGAAACCAUAUCGUGAAGUAUUAGAAUCAACUCCAAUUGACUUACCAAAACAUGUUAAAUUGGAACAAACACAUCAAUAUCCGAUUAAAUCUGAACCUUUUACAAAUGAUCAACCAAUUUCAACUGGAGUUUCUACAUUCCCAACCAUUUCACCAUGUGAAACUACACUCCCCACCACGUGUUGUAGUCCACAACAAAGACCAAGAUGUUGCUCAAACAUCACCUGUAAUAACACUUGUGCACCAUCAAUCGCUCAAUCUCCAUCAUAUUCCAUUUUUUCUGCUGAUGAUAGUAUAUCAAAUGAAUCAGUUUCUGCAGAACAUGAUGUCAAUUCCUUCAGUCUUGACAAGGUUAAAAUCAAGCAAGAGAUUAUUGAUGACUUUUUAUUGAACAAUAUUCCAUUGACUCAACUGCAACAUCAACAACAUCAACAGCAGCAACAACAACAGCAACAGCAACAACAACAGCAACAGCAACAACAACAACAAUUUAUCACCCCAUCAGCAAUCAAAAAUGAAGUACCGGAAACAAGACUGUACUCCGGAAGCAAUUCAAUUGCAUCACCAUCUUCAUUACUAUCAUUGAACUCUUUAGUUGAAGCCAGAACCGUGAGACCUGAUAUCUUACCAGAAGAAUCGGAUAAAAUAAGAUCUGAAGACUUUGCUUCACUUCUCUCAAACAACGGUGAUAGUAAUUAUGAUUUAAUAUUUGAUGAAGUUAUGGAUGAUUCGCCUAUGAUUAAGGCUUAA